ACGGGACCCUCGCCGGCCUGGACUUCUCGGCCUUCACGCGUCUGGACUCUGGAGACCCUCGCCCUGGUGCAGAACGACGGCCUGCAAGGUGCCAUACCGGAGGCGAUCGGCAACCUGACGAGCCUGGUCUCGCUGGCGAUCCAGCACAACCGGGGCCUCACAGGGCCGAUUCCACGCCGCAUAGGCCAGCUGAAGCGCCUCGCCUCGCUGAGGCUGCAAUCUCUGGGGCUCGCUGGCGCGAUCCCCGGCGAGAUCGGUAACCUGACGGGCUUGAAAGAACUGUACCUCGACGACAACCGUCUGGCGGGCUCGAUCCCACCUGCACUCGGGAAGCUCCAGAAGCUCGCCUCGCUUUACCUGAGUUAUAACAGCUUGGCAGGGACCAUCCCGGAGGAGAUCGGCAACAUGACGGAGCUGCGGGUCAUGGACUUGUCGGACAACGGCUUGGAAGGCGAGCUGGGACUGGGAAGCCAUUGCUGCCUCGCUCAGCUCCGGAAGCUCUCAGCCCUGCUUGUGGCAGACAACCAACUACUAGGAGGCGACAUCACCCCAUGUCUCAGGAACAAGAGCAGCCUGAUCGAGGCCAACGUUGCAGGCAACAGUUUCUCCCAGAUAUCCGCGCAGGCCAUCUGCGCAGGUGGAGGGUCAUCGCUGCAGCAUUUCCUGGCCAGCGGCAACAGGCUCUGGAACCUACGUGAUCUGGACUUCCAGAACUGCACCUCCUUGCGGUACAUCGAUCUGGCGGCAAACGGCGUUCUUGCAGGCACGCAGGAGUGGCUCGGUACGCUGCCCAGACACCUCGAGAACAUCUAUUUUGCCCGGAACCAACUGCACGGGACACUCCCGCCGCAGCUGGGCGAGUUCGGGAAGCUCACAGUUCUCGGCCUGGAUGAAAACAGAAUCUCCGGUCAGAUACCUCAGGUUCUUGGAAAUCUGACUAGCCUGACGAAUCUCAACCUGGGACACAACGUACUCUCCGGUACAAUCCCUCCAGAACUUGGGUCGCUGUAUCAGAUCCUUCAGCUGAACCUGAGCUUCAAUCAUUUGUCGGGUCCGUUGCCCCUAACAUUUAGGAACCUCUCCAAACUUUUCUCGCUCGACUUGUCAAACUGUAGCCUAACUGGACAAGCAUAUGACCUUCUUGUCACCACCACCACUGACCAGGUCACCACCGCUGUUUCGUUCCCCGAAAUUGAGAUCCUCGCCCUUUCCUCCAACGGCAUCACCGGCACCAUGCCGACGCUACUCUGUAGUGCUAGCUUCCUCAAGAUCCUGGACCUGUCAAACAACGCCCUACAUGGAGAUCUCCCGAACUGUCUGUGGGAAUUGCCAUCCUUACUACUCAUGGAUCUGUCCAGCAACUCCUUCAGCAGUGUAGCUCCGUCCUCCAGCUCCUCGUCUAGCGCUAGCGACACGCUUCAGUCUCUACACCUAGCCAACAACCGUUUUCAAGGCAAUGUCCCCUCAAUCAUCAGAAACUGCUAUGAGCUUAUAACCCUAGAUCUUGGCGGCAACAAUUUCACCGGCGAAAUACCUGGCUGGAUUAUCGCCGAGAGCAUGCCGAAACUCAGGUUCCUUCGCCUGUCGUCGAACAUGCUCAGUGGAAGCAUACCCCAGCAGAUUUUCCAGUUCACCCAGCUCCAGCUACUAGAUCUAUCACAUAACAGGCUCACUGGUCCCAUACCUACUGACUUGGCAAAUUUUACUGGCAUGACACAGCCACAGGAACGUGGGCAGAUCGUUUAUUUCUUUGCGUACUCCGAGCAGCUCCAGCUAGUCUGGAAGAACGAGAACUAUGUGUACAGCAAGAUGAUAACAUUCAUCAUGGGUAUUGACUUGUCGUGUAAUUUGCUUUCCCAGACGAUUCCUCAAGGGCUCACAAGCCUCCGUGGGCUCAGGUACCUGAACUUGUCAAGAAACCACCUCUCAGGUGAUAUCCCCGGAGGCAUUGGAAACUUGGCGCUGCUCGAAUCCCUGGACUUGUCGUGGAAUCAGCUGGAAGGGGAGAUUCCUCCAGGCUUCGCAGCCCUGGAAGCUCUAAGCACUCUGAACCUUUCGAACAAUCGUCUGUCUGGAAGGAUACCGGCAGGUAAUCAGCUGCGGACACUGGUCGACCCAUCAAUCUACGGCAACAACCUGGGGCUAUGCGGUUUCCCUUUGGAGGAAUGUGCAAAUGCAGCGAAGCACAAUGAUGGGAAAAGCCAAGACGACGACAACAGAGAGGUGCUGUGGUUAUGUUGCUUUGUGGUUGCCGGAUGUAUCUUCGGAUUCUGGCUGUCCUGGUGUGUCCUGUUUUGCAACAGACCAUGGAGGUAUGCGCUCUAUCACUGUGUCGACAACGUGCUACACAAGGUUGCAAGUGUAAUACCUAAAUUUUAGAGAAAUGAAGAUUUAUUUUAAUUGGGUGGUCAUGUGAAAUUCAUGUUUAUAAGUAUUAUUUGUUUGAAAAAACUAAAUAAAGGAAUAAUUCAUAAAUUUAAGAUA